AGUUUAUUUAAUUUUUAUUCUAAUUAUAGUAACUUUGAAAGCUUUUUUAAAACACGAUUUUACCGAAGAUACGUUUGGUGAAACUACUUAUAUUUCAUCAGUAAGAAUCGGAAAAUUUCGGUUUGAAAUACGAUGUAAAAAUCAUUUUCUCUUGAAUAAAUUUAAAGUAAAAACAAAGCUUCAAAUAUCUGGAAUCCUGAAAAAUGAUAGAAUGCCAAAUUUUUUGCUGGUUGAAGAUGUAUCAGACAUAAAAAUCAUACCAGGUAUUAUUAUCGAUGAGAAGCUUUCGAAGGCAGUAUUUCUUCCGAAAAGAAAAAGAAAAGCCGAAGACAUUAUGGAGUAAUCAAAACAUAAAACGUAAUCUUUACAGCAGUAUUUUUACAAAAGUAAUCUAUUUUACAAGUGAAAUAACAGGUUACGUGAGUUCAAUCUUUACAAUAAAAUCAUAUGAAAAGAAUGACAAAAAAUGGGAUCUUUUUAACUUCAUUUUAAGUACCGGUGAAACCACUAUACAAGUUACUGCUUGGAACAAUUUGGCUUUUAAAUAUGCAAGUUUAAUAACUGAGACAGAACGGUUGUUAAUAAAACAUGCGAAACAAAGAGCACAAAGAAAAUCUGAGUAAGUUUAAAAAUCAAUAAAAAGUUUCUCUUUUUUUGAUGUGAAAGUUUUAUAAUGUGACAAUUUACAUAUACAUAUACAAAUUGUGUGAAUGUUCUGAUUGACUGUUAUGAUCAAAAUAGUUAUAAUUGCAAGAUACUCAUCUUUUCCAUGGGAAAAGAUAUAUAUAAGUCUAUUACAUAGAUGUAUAGAAUAUAUUUUGU